AUGGUUGCGCUUCGAGGCCCUGCUUGGCGUAGUACAACUCCCGUCAGUCGACUAGAACGCUCGGAUCUAUCUCAAACCACUCCCAGCUCUCCUGCGGAGGUUGAGGUACCAUCCGUUCAAGAUCUUGUCGGCCAACUCGAAGCCAAGGAGGAGCAAUCUCGUCGGCGAUCAUCCGUCGGAGAUAGACCAUCAACUCCAAACUUUCGGGCACAUCCCUUUCGACCUCUCAUUCCUUACUCCCGCACUCCGAGCCCCAGUACAGUCUCAAAGGUUACCCCUCUGCCAAAAGAGGGAUCAGUGGUACAUGAGGAGGUUUGUCGUGGACUCAAGGGCCGACGAACUUCACUUGACUUAGACCGCAAAGCCAUACCCUUGGUUUUCACCACGGCAGAAGGAGAUUUAAUCUGUCAGCCUGACUCUCGUCUUUCUACACCACCGGUCAGAAGGGACGAUCUAGGACCUGAUUCCAAACCACGGCUGCCACCAUCAUCAACUAGCCAGGCAGUAGACUCUGUUGUGGUCGAUUUUGAGAACCUCCCUCCUCUUCCCGACACUCCCUUGAUCACCUCGCUGUCGCCUCGAAUGAUUACCAGGAAGUCACAGAACAGGACUGAAGACUACUCUCCUCUGAAUUCUCCUAUUGUCUCUAUCCGACCCAUAGCACCACUAUCACCAUUGAGUCUUGCCGUUGAUUCUGCUGCAGACUCAUCAUCUAUAGCAGAUCCGCCCUGUCCGACGGAAAAGCCUCGUCCAGGUACGCUCGCAACUCUCUACCAGCUGGACCCUUCCAGUACUGCGACCUUUAAUACGAGUGUACGUGAUCUGAUACAAGAAGCUCCAGACAGUCCAAUUGGUGGAGAUUGUGUCGAACCGAUGGAUCAUGAUCGUACUGUCGGAACCAUGGUCGUUCGCGGCAAGGACCAUCUGAAUACCCCCAAGACAACCUCCGCGCUUCAGAACACCAAUAAGCCGCUGAGAUCGCGCUCCAACUACUCUGAAUCAAGCGCAGGUCCGUCUCGUAAAGAGGAGCCUAUAACACUGUCACAUAAGCCUUUUGCGAAUUCGGAGAGACCUGCAACACUACAGAGCGAGAAAUCCAUCCCAAUGGUCACGGCACCGGACACGCCCUUGUUUGGAAGGCGAAAUGAAUUUAGUGAUAUUUCGGACAUAACUUUCGAUGGGAGUCCUGGUUCCAGAACUGGCGUCAAGGACUUCGCAGUUGUUGCUGAAGUUACAGAGGUCACUGGUGGUGACAUAUGCCCUGACUGCGAUCUUCCAACGGCAGGAAGUGAUAAUGGAGACAGUUCAAAGGGAUUCAACCUUCCCAACCCAGGAGGUACCGUCUCUGGAUCUUCGGCACCUGGAAUAACAGGCGCUGGUAUAACACCAUCGGGCGUUGCAGCAUCAAAUUUGCCAGCUUCUGGGCUCUCCCCUACUGGAGUACCAGCGUCGAGCGUACCAACAACUGUAAUUCCAGCACCUGGUGUCUCGUUACCAGACGCUUCGUCGCUUCCUGGGGUUCCUGGAGUACCUGAUACAGGUGGUGAUCACGAUCUCCAUAUUCCCGGUUCCAAUCUUCCAGGAGGUUUGGCUGUGCCUGUGGAUAUCACAGGCACAGUUGACCCUCCCAAAAUUCCUCCCCCGAGCAAAAAGAGGAUGGCUUUAGGCAAGGGAAAGAAGAAAGGGCAGAACGCCAUUCGACGUGGAAGACGCUUGCUGUUGCGUAAGCCAGUUCUUGCAGUGGUGAUUGGAAGACAAUUAGCAGGACCAACCUCAGCAGCACUGAAACUGGUUUCAAAAGGUACCCCAGUAGAUCCUACUGCCCUCAAAGAAGCCGCAGUCCCUCAGGCAGUACCGCAGCCUGUUCCUCUGCCAGCGUGA